AUGGACCGCAGAGAGAACGAGCAAUUUUCCCUCGAUAGCAAUAAAUGGUCCAAGCGUACAUUGAAGUCGAGCAUCGGGGGCUUCUCUCAACCGGCCGUCAACCAAAUCCGCACGCUCCAAGGCCUCCUCGCGGUCAUACAACUGCUCCAGCUCAAACAAUUCAUUGGGUCGCAAUUAUACCAUGAAGAAUUCCUGGGAGAAGGCGUGUCAUACAAGGUCUUCCGAUGUCAGCUCGCCGUGUCGCGCAAGGUGGUUGCGCUGAAGCAGGUCAAGCUUCCACCCCCCGACGCCGACAUAGAUGCCUUCCGCACCCGAGUGUCGUGUGUGCUCAAGGACAUUGAGGUCAUGAACCAUGCCCCGUUGGCCAGCCACCCACACAUCAUUGACCUUCUUGGCUAUGGCUGGAAUCGUCAAGGCUCGAUUCCUUUCCUGGUCACAGAAUGGGCGCGGCAUGAGACUAUGCGACAACUGCUGCAAGGCACCUCUUUGAGUGCAAGGCAGAAGCUGAAGCUGUGCAGGCAUGUGGCCCUCGCGUUGCUGGAGCUUCAUCUGUGUGGAAUUGCCCACGGAGAUGUCAAACUCGACAACGUCCUGAUUGUUCGGGCCUCUCGGGGCGAGCCCGAUUACGUGACCCUGGCCGACGAUACCGUUGUCAUCGCAAAGCUGGCCGAUUUCGGCCACUCGGUCCUUCUCAAUCCUGGUGAAGUUGUGAAUGCUGAUGCUAGCCAGAAGUACCGAGGAACCGUGGCGUAA